GUGGGGCUAGCCCGCGCCGCGCCUGGCCUGCAGCGGGACCGGCAACAUGGAGGCGGCCGUCGGUGCGCCCGACGGCGGGGACCAGCGCGGCGCGGGGCCCCGCGAGGACGUGACGCCCAUGGACGCUUAUCUGCGGAAACUGGGCUUGUAUCGGAAAUUGAUCGCCAAGGAUGGGUCCUGCCUGUUCCGGGCUGUGGCGGAGCAGGUAUUGCAUUCUCAGUCUCGCCAUGUUGAAGUCCGAAUGGCCUGUAUUCACUAUCUUCGAGAGAACAGAGAGAAAUUUGAAGCGUUUAUAGAAGGAUCAUUUGAAGAGUAUUUAAAACGUUUGGAAAACCCACAGGAAUGGGUUGGACAGGUGGAAAUAAGUGCCCUUUCUCUUAUGUACAGGAAAGAUUUUGUAAUUUAUCGGGAACCAAAUGUUUCUCCUUCACAAGUAACUGAAAAUAAUUUUCCUGAAAAGGUAUUACUGUGUUUUUCAAAUGGAAAUCACUAUGAUAUUGUCUAUCCCAUAAAGUAUAAAGAGAGCUCUGCUAUGUGUCAGUCUCUCCUUUAUGAAUUACUGUAUGAGAAGGUAUUUAAAACUGAUGUUAGUAAAAUUUUGAUGGGACUCAACACUGCUGAAGUAGCUGGUGAAAGCCACAGUGAAAUAUCAGAUUCAGAGGAUGAUAGUUGCAGGAGAAAAACUACCACUGCUAAUGAUGUAAAUGGAUUUAAAGCUCUGUCAAGUGAUCAGCACCUGAAAAACAAUGGGAACUCCCAAAGCCUUCCUUUGUCUAGAAAGGUUCUUAAGUCACUCAAUCCAGCAGUUUAUAGAAAUGUGGAAUAUGAAAUUUGGCUCAAAUCUAAACAAGCUCAACAGAAACGUGAUUAUUCCAUUGCUGCUGGCUUACAAUAUGAAGUUGGGGAUAAAUGCCAACAGGUUAGGUUGGAUCACAAUGGAAAAUUUUCUAAUGCAGACCUUCAAGGGGUUCAUUCUGAAAACGGACCAGUUUUGGUUGAAGAAGUUGGAAGGAAGCACUCACCGAAGACCCUCAAACCACCUCCCUCAGAAAGCUGGAACACAGUGUCAGGGAAGAAGAUGAAAAAACCUUCCCCUUCUGGACAAAAUUCCCAUUCUGAUGCAGAUUACAGAGGGCCAAAGAAUUCAAGCAAGCCAGUAAAAGCUCCAUCAGCACUACCUCCUCGACUCCAGCACCCUUCGGGAGUAAGACAGCAUGUAUUCUCUAGUCAUUCUGCAGGGUCACCGUCUCCGAAACCCUCCAGUGAGCACAAGAAUCUUAGCAGGACACCCUCACAGAUCAUAAGAAAACCUGAUCGUGAGAGAGUUGAGGAUUUUGAGCACGCCAGUCGAGAAUCUAAUUAUUUUGGCCUCUCCCCAGAAGAGCGCAGAGAGAAGCAAGCUAUAGAAGAAUCUCGAUUACUUUAUGAGAUUCAAAACCGAGAUGAACACGCUUUCCCAGCCCUUUCCAGUUCAUCAGUCAGUCAGUCAUCUUCUCAGAGUAGCAAUCCAUGCAUCCAGAGAAAAUCAUCGUAUGUGAGUGAUAGAAAAGGAAGCAGGCGGAGAAUGGAUACCGAAGAACGAAAAGAUAAAGACUCUAGCCAUGGACAUACUCACCUGGAUAAAAAACCUGGGCCAAGCACAUCAGAGAAUAUAGGUGAUGAUAAGUGUGCAAGAAUUUCAUCACCAUCAAAGUCAAAGAAAUUAGAGUGCCCACCUCCUACAGAACAAAAGCCAGCAGAACAUGUGUCUUUGUCAAAUCCAGCUCCCCUUCUGGUUUCUCCAGAGGUACAUCUAGCUCCUGCGGUGCCUUCUUUACCAGCCACUGUGCCAGCCUGGCCAAGUGAGCCUACAUCUUUUGGACCAACAGGUGUCCCUGCUCAAAUCCCAGUUUUAUCAGUGACACAGACCCUGACCACUGGACCUGAUUCUGCCGUGUCCCAAGCUCAUUUAACACCCUCUCCAGUUCCUGUGUCAAUACAGGCAGUUAACCAGCCCUUGAUGCCUUUGCCUCAGACACUGAGCCUUUACCAAGACCCACUCUACCCUGGGUUUCCUUGUAAUGAAAAGGGAGAUAGAGCCAUUGCACCACCUUAUUCACUGUGUCACACUGGAGAGGACCUACCUAAAGAUAAGAACAUUCUUCGAUUCUUCUUUAAUCUUGGUGUAAAGGCAUAUAGUUGUCCUAUGUGGGCUCCACAUUCUUACCUGUAUCCUCUGCACCAGGCUUACCUGGCAGCCUGCAGGAUGUACCCAAAGGUCCCUGUCCCUGUGUAUCCUCAAAACCCUUGGUUCCAAGAAGCUCCUGCUCAGAAUGAAAGUGAUUGUACCUGUGCUGAUGCACACUUUCCUAUGCAGACUGAGCCCAGUGUUAAUGGUCAAAUGCCACAGGCAGAGAUUGGACCACCAACAUUUUCUUCACCUCUGGUUAUCCCUCCAUCUCAGGUGUCUGAAAGUCAUGGACAGUUGUCUUACCAGGCUGAUCUUGAAUCUGAAAACUCUGGGCAUCUUCUUCAUGCUGAAUAUGAAGAGUCACUAAGUGGCAAGAAUAUGUUCCCACAACCGUCCUUUGGACCUAAUCCAUUCUUAGGCCCAGUUCCCAUUGCACCUCCUUUCUUUCCUCCUGUUUGGUAUGGGUACCCUUUUCAGGGAUUCAUAGAAAGUCCAGUAAUGAGGCAGAAUAUUGUUCUGCCUUCUGAUGAGAAAGGAGAAUUGGACCUACCCUUGGAAAAUCUGGAUCUGUCUAAACAAGGUGGUUCAGCUUCAGCAGGACAUGAUGGAAACAGUGCUGAAAGAGAACUUUGCAGAUGGUACUUUACUCAGUGACCUCUGGAAUAAAAGAACUCUGAAUUUUGAUAAUUAGUUUUAAAAUUAUGAGUCUUUGCAUGAAGGUCAGUUUUUUAUUUUAUUUUAAGUUUUGUUUUAAAUGUAUUCAGGGGAUUUGCCUUAUGCCGAGGUUGAACCAAGCGAGCUUUUGUCCUUCAUUUUGACUGAGUCAUAUAGUAUGUUGACAUGAGAUACAAUGUUUAUCAUACAAUGUUUCCAUAUAAGAAAAACUAAUGCUUAGAAGUGAGAAUCAUUUGUAUUUUGAGUUUGAAAUUAUGGAACUUCACUGUAUUAGGAUCAUAUACAUUUUGAAGAACAAAUGUUUAGAAUGACCAAAGGUCACUUCUUUUGGCUUUUGCUAAACUUGAUUUUCUCCCUUUUAGUAUUGGGUAUAGUUUUCCUCAAGUUCUUCUCAGAUAAAAUCUUCCUCUUGCUCCAUGUACUCCUUGGAAGCAGGAUGCUAGCAUCUGUGUAAUUCUCACCCUGUUUCCUGGUAACCCAUAUAUUCAUUUUCAUGCUGACUUGAGCUCAGACCCUGCCUUGAUCUGGCAGGAGUAGGUUUUCCCAAACCACAGUGCUUAGUUGAUACAAACUGUAUAUUUUGCAUUGUGUUUCCUUUGUGACUGAAGAUUGAAUUAAAAUGCCUGUGAACUGCAAACUUGCUUACGAUUGACUUGGUGCAAUAAAGUUCCUUUCUAACCAUUUCUGGUUUAGAAAACAUUCAGCCAUCCUAGAAACUAGCAAUAUUUAUUUAUGUCUCAUUUAUUUUACCUUCAGUUUUAGAUGAGGGAAUUGUAGUCUUUCACUUGUGGGUACUAAGCAAGGUCCAUUUUGGUGUAGCUGAAGAGAAUGGAUAUUUGGCUACACUAUUUCUGUUUACUAUGUUUUGUUUCUUGUUUAAAACCUUAAUAAUGGCUCAGUUCCAGCAUGUCAGUCUCAAAGAACUAAGGUUUUACUACUAGUGUCAGCCAUUUACUUUCCCACUAAUCGGGACACCCCUCCCCCCCGCCCCCUGAAAUAAGUUUUAGAAAAUCCUAUUAAAGGGGAGAGUGCAUGUCUUAAUGCUGGGGAACAGCAACUUUGGUGUUGAAUUUUACUUGAAUGGAUUAAGAUUGCAUUGUUACAGAGAUAGAAAAAAAUUUAAGUAUGAAAAAUAAUAGCCUUAUACUGAGUACAAAUAAUACUUUAAAAGCAUGUGAAGAUGUGAUCAUUUGUGAUGUUACUUGUAAAAAAAAUUAUAUAUAAAUAUCUUUUGAAGUGUUGAAAGGAAAAUAGUACUUUAUAUUCUUUAUCAUAUCACUUUUUUGUAAGUGUUGCAUAUAUUCCUGUUUAUUUUUCUAUGUUCUGUUUUGUAGCCUUAAGAAGUGUUUCAAACAUAUCUGAAUGUAUCAGAGUAAAUGCCCUACAUGGUGUGAUGCUGCAUUAUAUAUGAAACUGUGUGCAUAUAUUAAAUUUUGUCUGUUGA